AUGGUUGUUGAUUGUACUUGUAAGUCAUUUGGUGAAAUAGGCAUUCUUUGUUCUCAUAUCCUUCGAGUUUUUAUCGUCCAUAAUGUUGAAAGGAUUCCUAAUCGAUACAUUAUGAAGAGAUGCACAAAACAGGCUAUGAAUACAAUUGUUGAGGAGAGAGAAGAUAGAGAUAAUGAAGUAAGUGUUUUUUCUGCAUCAGUGUGGAGGAUGCAAACCAUAAGGAGUUGCAUUAAAGUUAUAAAUGAAGCUCAACACUGCCCGAUUGCAAGGAAGAUUAUUGAUUCGGGUGUGCUGGAUAUGUCAACUAAAUUUAAGGAGUACAUUGUUUUGCAGGAACCGAUUGUUGAGGAACCGAUUGUUGAAGAAGUUAUUCCAACAAUGGUUAAAAAUCCACCAAAGAGAAUAAAGAAGAACAAGAAAGGGAAUGAAAAGAGUAAUGAGAGGAAUGCUAGGCCAAAAAGAAUUGUUGAGAAGAAACGCAAUAAACCUAAAGGUUGGAACAAGAGAAGAGAAAGACAUGUUGAUAAUUUGAGGGAGGAAACUCGGUCUAGUGAUCAGCGUAUCAUAAACCUACCUGUUGGUGGUAUCUUGGUUCAUCCAGUAUCUUCAAAGUCACAGUUGGAAACUUUUAUUCCAGAUGAUUAUUUUGGAGUAUCCAUACAUCCCUUAUUUUUACAUGAUGCUUAUGUUCUUACGGGCUACUGA